AUGUUUUGCAGGGAAGGGAUUCGUCUACGGGUAAUCGGUGACUGCUCAAGGCUGCCGACUUAUCUGCAGAAAACUGCACAAAACGCCGAGGAGGAAACAAGUAGCAACUCACAGCUCGACCUGAUGCUAGCUAUCGGCUACAGUGGACGAACGGACAUCUUGCAAGCAUGCGGGAAGCUUGCCCGGAAGGUGCACAGCAAGCUACUCAGGCCGGAGGACAUCGACGAGUCACUAUUCGCCGAUGAGCUCCAGACGAGCUGGACAGACGAGUUCCCUUGCCCCGACCUACUCAUCAGGACCAGCGGCGAACUGAGGCUCAGCAACUUCUUGCUGUGGCAGUCGGCGUACUCGGAGCUCUUUUUCACUGACACGCUCUGGCCUGACUUCGGGGAGGCUGAAUAUCUCCAAGCACUCAUGUCUUUCCAGAGCAGAGACAGGCGUUUUGGAAAAAGAAAACUCUAG